AUGCUCCUUCGCCUGAAACAGUUUGAUGGCACAGUUAUAAAAGUCCUAGGCGAAUUUGAGGCAACUUUGGAAACCGAAUCAAAAAUGAAUAUCGUACGAAUUAUUGUGUCAGACUGUACAAAAAAUCAUGGUCUAAUUAGUAUGGAUGUAUUAAAUAUCAACGCCACAAAAUUAGUAAAUAAUAUAGAACCUCUUGUUCGUAGGCGUUUAAUUAAUUACAAAGCAAAUAUUCUGUUAAAAAACGGCGUACAACCAACUUAUUUUGAAUCUCGACCUCUUCCUAUCCACAUAACACCAUUAGUGGUAGAUAAACUUAAUGGAAUGAUACAGCAAGGGUUGCUUCAAAGGGUUCCUCCUGGUGGAAGCAGAUGGGCUUCACCGCUUGUGGUUGUUAGAAAAACAGACGGAGAUUUACGCAUUUGUGCGGAUUACAAAAUAGGUGUUAACCAAAAAAUAUGCUCAGACUCAUAUCCCAUCCCAAACAUUGAGACCGUAUUUCAUAAAAUGGCAGGGAUGAAAUAUUUUGCUAAAAUUGAUCUCAAGGGAGCUUAUCAUCAAAUUGAGAUGGACAAAGAGGCACUAGAAUUAACAACAGUUAAUACACCUAUUGGAUUAUUAAGAUGGACCUAUUUACCUUUCGGAAUAAAGACUGCAAGUGCGAUAUUUCAAAGAGCGAUAGAAUCUGUUGUUGGCGAUAUUAUUCCCAAUAUGAUUAUAUUUCAAGACGAUAUAUGUGUCGGAUUUGAACUGUCAGAAAAAGGAGUUACCGCAGAUAGUAAUUUAGUCAGCAAAAUACUUGGAAUAAGUCCUCCUAAUAAUAAAAAGGAACUCGAGUCAUUUAUAGGAUUAAUAAACUUUUAUAGUCGACACAUUGAUAAAUAUGCUGAAAUUUUUUUACCUUUAAACAAUUUAAGAAAGAAAGGAGUUACAUUCGAAUGGAGGAAAGAGCAUCAACAGGCAUUUGAAUUGCUAAAAAGAAACCUUUGUGAAGAACCCGUAGUAAAGGUUUAUGACAUCAACCAAGAUCUAGAGUUAACAACAGAUGCUAGCAAGAAAGCUAUAUCUGGAAUACUUUCACAGAAUGGCCAUCCGGUAUUGCAUCUCUUACGAACUUUAUCAGACGCUGAGAUAAGAUAUUCUAAUAUUCAGAGAGAAGCUUUAGCUAUUGUAUGGUCUGCUCACAGAGCUAGGCAUUUUCUGUUGGGUAGGAAAUUCAAAUUAAUAUCAGAUCACAGGCCGUUAGAAUUUAUAUUUGAUAGUAACAAAGAAUUGCCCAAAGUCACAUCCGCUAGAAUUUUAAGAUGGGCCAUACAAAUGAUGGCAUUUGACUACGAAAUAAGCUACAAGAAGAGAGAAAACAUUCCUCAUGCUGACGCAUUAUCGAGAUUGUCCUUUCUACCACAAAAUGGAGAGAAAGACCAAGAAACAUUUAUACACUUAGUCGAGUCAGAUAUAGAGAACCUUGAGCAAAUAAUAAAAGAAACAGAAAAUGAUAGGGUAUUGAUGGAUAUCAAAACCAGAAUUAGAAAAAAUAAUUGGAGCAGAUGCUCAGUAACAGAAAGACCCUAUAAAUCUAUUAGGAAUAAACUGACUAUCGAAAAAGGAAUUGUGUGUAAUGGUGACCUCAUUGUACCUCCUAAGACAAUGAGAAAGAUCUUCAUCAAAUCGAUCCAUGAUGAUAUACAUUGUGGCAUAAUGCAAACGCGAUGUAGAGUAAAAUUAGAAGCCUGGUGGCCUGGCUACUGUCAAGAUGUUGAAGAAUAUGUGAAAAACUGUGAAAAAUGUGCCGAAAUAAAUAUGAAGAAGGAAAGGACAUUACAUACAUGGCCAAGUGAAAAUAAACCUUGGUGUAGAGUACAUAUGGAUGAUGCACAUGUACAGGGUAUCGGACUGUUUUUGAAUUUAGUAGAUUCUUUUUCUGGAUGGCCGGAAGUUAUUAAGGUAAAUAACCGUGAAGCGACCACUGUAAAGGCAGUACUACAAAGUGUUUUUUCAAGAAAUGGAGUUCCAGAGGUUUUAGUAUCCGACAAUGCUGCGGAAUUUCAUGAUACCACCUUACACCAGUGGCUAAAGAAAGUAGGUUGCGUACCUUAUAAGACUCCACCUUACCAUCCUCAAUCUAACGGAGCAGCUGAAAGAAUGGUAGAGACAGUUAAGAUGGGUUUAAGAGCUUAUUCACCGGACAAAGGUUUAUUAUGUGGAUAUUUAAGCAGAAUGCUUUUAACUUACAGAACAAUACCUCAUGCAGGAAGAUCAAGAAGUCCUUCCGAGAUGAUUGGAAGGCAGUUGAGAUCCCCUCUCACCACGAGUUUCGAAAGUGGAACACCUUUAUGGUACCGUCAAAAACCAGAUUCCAAACCUUAA